AGGGGGCUUGCCCGUAGGGUUCAGCUCGUACAGAGGGCGUGCCCUGGCCAGGACCUUCUUGUCGGCAAGGCGGCACGUGCCUGGUGGCAUGGGUGCCGCCCUGCCAGGCUGCCAUACAUGCAGACCAGGCCCCGAGAACUCCAACAAGAGCCUUCGUCCCUUCCUUCAGGCCUUGAAGGAAGCAGGAGGAGUUGAGAAAACUCCGGAUGCAGAGGGGAACAAGCGUUUCCUUGAAUUGCUAAAUCAUAGCUUCCCCGAGCUGGCGAUCUACAGACAAGGUAGAAUACAAGUCAGCCCUGGAGUGGAAGAAAUUGGCAACAGUCCUACGGAAUAUUACCGGACGGUCGGCGCCAUCAUAGCUCUGCUGGCUUGCUACUCUUCUUCUCUCAACGAGGAGUUUGGGCUGGAGUGUGUAUCAGCUGGCAAGCGUGGGCCGAUGAGCCUAGACCAAGCACCAGGAAAGUUCCUCAACAUGGGCAACAGACCAGUCGACUACUAUCAAUUCUGCGAGCGGUUCGCAAGGCAGAUGGAAAGUGAGGCGGACUGGUGGGGUAUGAUGAUCUUUUUGGUCAUUCAUGAUGUUGGCAAGAGCGAUGAGUUCAGAAAGGCGGUGAACGAGACACUUCCGCCAAAUCAGCGGACAGAUGACCAUGACAAGGCUCUGGCAAGUGCUUUGAAGAGCGAUGCGCUGAAAAGGCGGCUUCUGCCCUCGGUUGCCGAGCUGAGCCCUGCCCGGCAAGCGUCCAUCACGGCGGGUUUUUCGACGAAUUUUCAGCUGCCGCAGCUGGGGCAAGGCGAGAUUGCUUGCAUCAAUUUUCGCGGACUGCUAGAACUGGACAGAAAGUACUUGCUGAAUGGAUCAUUGGACUACUAUUUCUAUCACUCUAUUUUUGACAUUGCUGGUGCAUCAUGCAAUGAGAAGUAUAUUUUUCCGCUGGCUUUGGUUCCGGUGUACAUGGGCUUCACCCAAGCCAUGGACAACUUGAUCGCUAGAUUGAUAGAACAACCCAAGACUGAUGAGAGGACGCUUUACUUCAACUUUUUGUACACGAAUUUCCAAAGGUCAUAUUCCCAGUAUGACCAGGAGUUUUCCACGCUGUGUGAAAGCAGAGUAUUCUGUCACGAAACCGGACUUGCUACGCUGCGUGUACUGGCGAUGACACGGAACAGCUACAAGAAUCCGGCGAAGGUGACGGAAUUGCUUCUAGGAGACAUGCAGCUGUUGGUGCAGGAGCUUGCUGGAAGCCCCGUGGGCCCUCAAAUCAUGCUGUAUUACGGCCCAGACCUCUUGAGGAUGAGUCUUGGCGAGGAUUUGACAGACCCCUCGGGGCAGAACAUGAUGGACGCCCUCGAGGCCUUGGGCUGCCUUUACAGAAAAGCGCGCAAGACCCUGGCCUUGGCCACCAGCGGGGACUACCAGUACCAGCUGAACGUGGCGCCCCUUGUGACGGUCAUCCGGAAAGCUAAGGACUGGAAAGGAGGCAAGCAGCUGCGGGAGGUGGUGUCCGGAGUGCGGAUCAAGAACAACGAUCUGCACACUGAGGGCAUCGUGGAGUUGACCUAGCCAGGUCAGUCUGGUCUGCUUGUGCUCUCCAAGCGCGCAAUAUCUUCUCCUCCAAGCCCAGCCUGCGACACAAAUUGUGGUUGCCCAAGCUUCACCGCAAACGCGUGCUAGUUAGGGACGCAGGCGAGGUCGGAUCGGUCUCACGACUACCUGGGUUUCGCAUGUCAGCUGUGA